UUUCUGGCUUUUGCUUUUUGAGAGACUCUGCAAGGAGACAAUUCCAGUGAUUCUUCUCUCAUACAUCUUUCCUAUAUAUUGGUUGUGAUUCCACCCGGUUGCAAUCUCGAAAUCUCAAGAUAUCAAUCUACCAUUAAGCUCUCAUCGAUCCAAUCCACUGAACCGAUCUUCCCUUUGACUUACUCAUCCAUACCUCCCGUCGGGCAUACUAUCUACCUAUCUAAGCUGCGACUUUAUCGCCUCUCCUUCUCUUUCUGCCCCUCCGUCAGUCCACUUGUUACCCCGCCGCACCACCAUGUCGUUCUUCAUUGAAAACCCUAAUGUCGGGGACAGAUGCUCCCUCGAGGAUUCCAGAAUUCGUGGAUACAACCCUCUCACACCCCCCAACCUCCUUCAGCAUGAGAUCGCCAUGACGGAGAAGUCCCGGCAAACGGUCAUGGAAGGUCGUGAGGAGGCUAUUGCUAUCGUCCAGGGCACAGACACCGACCGUCGCCGUUUGCUGGUUGUCAUCGGUCCCUGCUCCAUCCACGACCCUGAAAUGGCCCUCGAAUACUGCGAUCGCCUCAUGAAGAUGAAGGAGAAGUACAAGGAUGAGCUGCUGAUUGUCAUGCGCUCCUACCUCGAGAAGCCCCGUACCACCGUCGGCUGGAAGGGUCUCAUCAACGACCCCGACAUUGACAACAGCUUCAAGAUCAACAAGGGUCUUCGCACCUCCCGUCAACUUUUCGUCGACCUGACCAACAAGGGUAUGCCCAUCGCCAGUGAGAUGCUCGAUACCAUCUCCCCCCAGUUCCUGGCCGACUGUCUCUCCGUCGGCGCCGUUGGUGCUCGCACCACCGAGUCCCAGGUCCACCGUGAGUUGGCCUCGGGUCUGUCCUUCCCCGUUGGUUUCAAGAACGGUACCGACGGCUCCCUGGAUGUCGCUGUCGAUGCCAUUGGCUCCGUCAAGCACCCUCAUCACUUCCUGUCCGUCACCAAGCCCGGUGUCGCUGCUAUCGUCGGCACCGUGGGCAACCCCGACUGCUUCGUCAUCCUCCGUGGUGGCAAGAAGGGCCCCAACUACGAUGCCCAGAGCAUCGCCGAGGCUAAGGCCAAGCUGACCGCCCAGGGCAUGCCUCCCCGCCUCAUGGUCGACUGCAGCCACGGUAACUCGCAGAAGAACCACAAGAACCAGCCCAAGGUGGCUGCUGUUCUGGCCGAGCAAAUCGCCGCUGGAGAGACCGCCAUCAUGGGUGUCAUGAUCGAGAGCAACAUCAACGAGGGCAACCAAAAGGUUCCUCCCGAGGGCAAGGCCGGCCUCAAGUACGGUGUCAGUAUCACCGACGCCUGCAUCCACUGGGAAGACACGGAACUUGUUCUGGAGAACCUGGCACAGGCUGUGCGCACCCGUCGGGAAAAGCUUGCUGUCAAUGGCAACGGCAACUCCCAAUAAAUCGGUCGCCAGUUGGGAUUUGACCCUCUUUUUCUUUUCUCUCUGCAUUGCUGUUAUCAUUUGUUCCUAUAUGGGAUUCAACACGUUAUGCUCAGUCAUACCAUUAUUGUUCACUCGACGCAUGGGUUGAUUAAGGGAUCGGAUUUUUCUAGCGGUUGUUGAUUCAUUGUUUUCGUUUGUUUUCUUGGAUGAGAUGAAAAAGUGAUGUCUUUCCGAUGUUCUAUUCU